UGUACCAGCGAGCUUAGCGAUGAAACUUCUCAAUUAGAGAGUCACUUUGGAUUCUUACUGCUUACAGUCCACUCAAUUCUGGAAAGCACAUAUACGAGUGAUCCUACUACAGCGGCAAUGCCACAGUUGGAGAGAAUAACAGUUCAUAUAGGAGAAGAGUGGGGAAAGUUGCUAAUCUCACACACCUAUGACAACUUGAAACUCAGGCCGCUUUGUGCUUACUUAUCGGAAGUGAAUCUUGAUGUAAAACUUUCCGACGUCGAGGUGGUAACAUGUUCUGGUUUUCGGUCACUAGUACGGUAUUUUUUGGAAAUGACUGACUCUAACACGAUUUGGAAUUUGACGCUGGAAGAUUGCACUAGCAAUGGACAAGGUUAUUAUGGCCCUUCUGACAUGAACAGAUGUCGUAACAAGGUGUUUAUAAGCUACGUUCGAAUACUUCUUGAUCUCGGCGUGGCAAUCAACAGACUCACACUCCUAGAUAGGAGAAAGAUUUCUCCGUACAUGAUGAUAAUGUCGCUUAAUAAGCGCCGUUCUCUCUAUAUGUAUCCUGAUUUCAAGCGUUGCCGGGAAUUGUUCGUUUGCUACGAUAUUGGUUUGGUUGCUCCUCUCUUCGCUCAUGAGAAUGAUAGAUUCCUAACAUUGCGAAUAUUCGAAGUUGACGAAUCACAUGUUCUUUACAAAAGCGAUUUGCUCGAAUACCUGAGCACUGCACCAAAUUUGAGCGAGAUACGUGUUGUUGUGCCGUCGACAUGGGCAAAGAGGGUCAGCUCUUGCAAAAGAGGAUGUUUCACGAGCCCCGAUUUCGCUUGUUUCAGACCAGAUGGGUGGUGCGGAGUGCAAACGAGAUUGCCUACAACCAAAUUUGCCUUGGUCGGUUCAGAUGACGAAUCUAUUGAUGGUAAUCACGAGAAUAGUCGCACACAAUUGCCGUCCGCUUGA